AUGCGUUCUCUUAUUGCUGUUUCUCUGUUGGCUCUAAUCGUGGCAGUGAUUUCAGCGCCAACCCAAAACAAAAAUAUUCGUCGUAGACAAACUAAUCUAGGUCAACAACCACCACCACCACCAAAGGGUCCACUACCAAGUGGUUCUUCAUCAAGUCGUCCUCCAUCAAGUGGUGGUUCUCCACCAAGUGGUUCUCCACCAAGUGGUUCCCCUCCAAGUGGUUCUCCACCAAGUGGUCCUCCACCAAGUGGUCCUCCGCCAAGUGGUCCUCCACCAAGUGGUCCUCCACCAAGUGGUCCUCCACCAAGCAGCUCUUCACGUGCUCCAUCUUGA